AGGGGCGGAAGUCACUGUUUGUGUUUUGCAUAGGCCCUAAUCUCUAUGGUGUUUUGGUUCUGAAGAGGAAGUUGCGAAGAAAAGAAAGGAGGAGACGUGAUCGGGGUUGUUGAGAUAAUUUCACGGUCCAGCACUAAGAAAUUGAACAGUUGACGAUCAUUCACGGACCAUAUCGUUGGAGAACAGUAUAGUGAAAAUCAUCAGCUGACUCCUAGCAGCCGGCAACAACGGGACAGUGCAGCGUGUGUGUGAGUGAGUGACACGGAGUGGGGUGAUUGACACAGGUCAUGGCCAACCGGGGAGGAGCGACACGCCCCAACGGGCCCAACGCCGGCAACAAGAUCUGCCAGUUCAAGCUGGUGCUUCUGGGGGAGUCUGCCGUGGGCAAGUCCAGUCUGGUCCUGCGCUUCGUCAAGGGCCAGUUCCACGAGUUCCAGGAGAGCACAAUAGGAGCUGCUUUCCUGACCCAAACGGUGUGUCUGGAUGACACAACGGUGAAGUUUGAGAUCUGGGACACGGCAGGACAGGAGAGAUACCACAGCCUGGCACCCAUGUACUACAGAGGAGCGCAGGCUGCCAUUGUAGUCUACGACAUCACCAACGAGGAGUCUUUUGCUCGAGCGAAGAACUGGGUGAAGGAGCUUCAGAGACAGGCCAGUCCUAACAUAGUCAUCGCCCUGUCCGGCAACAAGGCUGACCUCGCCAACAAGAGAGCUGUCGACUUCCAGGAUGCUCAGUCCUAUGCAGAUGAUAAUAGUCUACUCUUCAUGGAGACAUCAGCAAAGACAUCCAUGAACGUCAACGAAAUUUUUAUGGCAAUAGCGAAAAGGUUGCCCAAGAGCGAGCCUCAAGCAGCUGGUCCUAACAGUGGGCGGAGUCGGGGGGUGGACCUGACGGAGACUGCCACGCCCACCAAGGCCCCCUGUUGCAGUAACUAAGGCAACGCCCUGCUCCAGCGCUGUGAUUCGUCAGUCACUCUUGAGACGUCCCUUCCCUCUCAAAACUAUUUUGAUCUGCAGUAACACAAAAAGCUAAGCUCCACCCCCUUCCGUCUCGUCUCUUCUCUGCAGUUGCUAACACAAAGCCCCGCCCUUCAAACAGGAAGUGACUAAUUACAAGCACCGCCACCAAACGGUCUGGUCUAGUGGAGCGCCUCUAACUCAGCUGUCACUAAUUCCCUCCCCCAAAUCUGUGUGUAACCCUGGAAACAAGAGGUGUGGCUUCCUAUGCCCCGCCCCUCUGGCACAGCUAAAGACUAGAGAAAUAUUUCUAAUGAAGUCUUCUUUUUCUGACUCGGUUUUUUAUUUGAUUUUUGCUUUUUGUCUUUUUUUAUUUCUUCUCAUGUUGUUUUAAAUGUACUUAGCAGAAUUAUGAAUGCAUGCAUCACUACAAGGCCUAACAAAAACAACACAAACACAGCACAAGAAUUUGUGCUGUUCCAUGAAGCUAUAAACAGGAGUUUAGUUACACACACACACACAACACACACAAACACACACAAACACAAACACACAUUCACCUGCAAACACACAGCAGCAUAAACACUGUCUUCUUCUUGCAGACCUGCUGAUACUGUGCAGUUGUUCAUAGGCAGUUAUUGCUGAUCUCAAGGCCACAAGCAGAGUACUAAACCACUGUUAUCUGCAGGCCACAUGUGUGAGUGUCUGUCUGUCUGUCUGUCUGUGUGUGUGUGUGUGUGUGUGUGUGUGUGUUUGCGGGAGAGAGCGAGAGAGAGAGAGAGGACCCCAAGGCGUGGGUGAGAGAAGGUGUUUGUGUACACAGAGGUGCGAUUGGUUUUGGUGACCGGAUAUCCUCAUAGAGAACAGCACAGAGAUGAACUGAUUCACAUAGGCACAGUUUAUACGUCACCCUUAGUCAGUAGGGUACACGCAUAUUCACAUUUAGACAAAAGUAGAAUUCGUUUUCUCGCUUUUCCUUCAUUCCCUUUCCAUAAUCUGCUCAUGCGUACACACACACACACACACACUCCCCCCCAUCUGGUCUGUAAUUCCGACAGCUGUCUUCUCAUGCCUUGCACUAAGUAUGCUUAUGAUUCUGUGUCUGAUGACCGUGUGACAUAGAGAAAUAUAUAAAUAAUUUACUGUACAUAGGGUGAUGCAAUGUAGUCGACUUUUCAUUUCAUAUUUACACAACUAAUGCUUGCUAGGGAGUUGUCUUGGUAACGAUAAAAAAAAAAACUGUACAGUAACCAGUAACCUGCUUUGAUAUGGGUUGGACAUAUGAGCUCUUGUUUUUGUUUUGUUUAUUUUUCACAGAAAUGGUUAAAUUAUAAUCUUUGGUGGUCUUUAUAAAUGUAUGUAGUGUUAUUAACAAAUGGAAAACAAAAAAACAGACUUGCAUUUCUUUAGUCUCUGUCCGGCUGAAGGCUGCAGAAGUCCUAACAGGUUCCCCCUGUCGCCACGCCCCCCGCCCUGCACUUAUCCUAUCAGUGCUGCCCCAACACCACAAAGCCCCUCCCUCCCUCCAUCAAUCAGACGCCCCAACCAAUCAGACGGAAGGCACUGGACCAGAGGCCCCACCUGAAUGGCUAGCUUUCAGUCACAUGAUGGAUAAAGGUUUGGGUGAGCAGGAGGAGAGGGAGAGCUGCGCUGACCACACACACCCGCAGAACCUCACACACAGGGUUCCACGUGUUCUGUGUCCUCGAGAGCGUUCUACAUUUGCUGUGUGUUCUACAUGUUUAUUUGCAGUGAGUGCUGAAUGUAGCCGGGUAAAAAAAUAAAUAAAAAAAUCUAAAUGCGACCAUUUUACAGUACUAUCCAUUUACCAAAUAAAAACAUGAAUAAACACAAGGA